CGGGUAUUGAGCGCAACAUUUGAGUUCUGAUCAUGCGAGCGUUUACAGUGUUUAGUUUGUUAGCAGUUUCACUGGCCUUGAGCAACGGCUAUGGAGUAUCACAUGCUGGUGGAGGGUCCGGUGGCCUAGGUUUAGGCCUUGGACUUGAUGUUGGUGGUAAAGGUGGCCUUUUGGGUCUUGGCUUAGGCGGUGGCGCCAGUUUGAGUUCGGCAUCCGCUAAUGCGGCAAGCAGUUCCGGUUCCGGUUCAGGUUAUGGUGGAAGUGGAGCUGGUGGUGCAAGUGCUGGUGGUUCUGCAUCAAGCGGCCUUGGGCUUGGUCUAGGCCUUGGCGCUGGUUUGGGAGAUAGUGGUGGUGCAGGCGCUGGAGGCGGCUUUGAUGGAAGUGCUGGCGGUUCAGGCGGCGCUGGUGGUUAUGGCGGCGGUAAAGGCGCAUCUGGUGGAUACGGUUCAUCUGAUGCUUCCGCUGGUAGUUCAGCCAGCGCUGGCGCAGGCGGCGGCGGCGGUGGUGGUGGAUUUGAUGGAGGCCUCGGCGGUGGACUCGGUGGCGGUUCAGGAGGCGCUGGUGGUUAUGGCGGUGGUAAAGGUGGUGCAGGAGGACACGGUUCAGCUGGUGGAUCUGCUGGUGGUUCAGCCGGUGCAGGUGGCUUUGGAGGUGGACUAGGUGGUGGUGCUGGUGGUUCAGGCAGUGCUGGCGGUUAUGGUGGCGGCAAAGGCAAUGCCGGCGGAUAUGGUUCAGCUGGCGGAUCUGCUGGUGGCUCAGCUGGUUCCGGUGCCGGUGGUGGUUUUGAUGGAGGCUUCGGAGGUGGACCUGGUGGUUUUGGCGGCGGUCAAGGUAGCGCCGGCGGACAUGGAUCAGCAUCGGCCGGUGGUUCGGCUAACUCUGGCGCUGGAGGUUUCGGAGCUGGACUUGGUGGUGGCUCUGGCAGUGCAGGAGGCGCUGGUGGUUUUGGCGGCGGUAAAGGUGGUGCCGGAGGACACGGUUCAGCUGGUGGUUCUGCUAAUGCUGGCGCCGGAGGUGGAUUUGAUGGAGGCUUUGGAGGUGGACUAGGUGGCGGUUCAGGCGGCGCUGGUGGUUACGGCGGCGGUAAAGGUGGUGCCGGAGGACAUGGUUCAGCUGGUGGAUCCGCUGGUGGUUCAGCCGGUUCCGGCGCAGGUGGUGGUUUUGAUGGAGGCUUCGGAGGUGGACCUGGAGGUUUUGGUGGCGGUCAAGGUAACGCCGGCGGACAUGGAUCAGCAUCCGCCGGUAGUUCGGCUAACUCUGGCGCCGGAGGUUACGGAGGUGGACUUGCUGGUGGCUCUGGCGGUGCAGGAACCAGUGGUGGAUAUGGCGGCGGUAAAGGUGGUGCCGGUGGACAAGGUUCAGCUGGUGGUUCAGCCGGUUCCGGCGCUGGAGGCGGAUUUGACGGAGGCUUUGGAGGUGGAUUAGGUGGAGGAGCUGGUGGCGCAGGAGGUUUCGGUGGUGGAAAAGGUGGAGCUGGAGGACAAGGUUCAGCAUCAGCAGGUGGCUCUGCUGGAGGUGGAUUUGGUGCCGGUGGUUAUGGUGGCGGUGCUGGUGGAUUUGGAUCUGCAGGCUCCGGUGGAGGCGCCGGUUUCGAUGGCGGCUUUGGUGGCGGUGCUGGCGGCCAAGGUGGUGGUCAUGGUCACGGUCAUAAAAAACACGGACAACAUGGCCAUGGUGCCGGCGGUUCUGGUAUAGGUCUUGGUCUUGGUCUUGGCCUAGGUGGAGGUUUGGGAGGUCCUGGAGGUUUCGGUGGCCCCGGCGGUUUUGGUGGCGGUAGCGCUGGUGGAGCCGGUGGUUUUGGUGGUGGUGGUGCUGGUGGAGCCGGUGCUUUUGGUGGUGGUGGUGCUGGUGGAGCCGGUGGUGCUGGUGGCUAUGGCGCUGGUGGCCGUGGUGGUGCAGGUGGUUAUGGCGGCAGUGGAGGCUAUGGUGGUGCAAGUAGUUCAGCUCAUUCAUCUGCAUCAUCGUCAGCAUCAGCUUCAGCAUCUUCAUCAGCAUCGUCAGGAUUCAAAACAGGAUAUGGCCGAUAAGCAGCACUUAGCUCUCCCAUUCACUCGCAUAUAAGUACUGUAUAAGUUUUUUAGAAAAGCAGAGAUUUUUUGUGUUCUAUUGUAGGUAGAAAUAGCAUUAUAAAUUCGCAUUGUGAUUGAGAAGUAAACGAAACAAAUGAAAUAAUUUUCAAUAAAGUAAUUUUUAACGAUACUCAAAA